GCAGACAUUCCGCCAUCGCUUCUGAGUAAUCAUAGAUCCCCCCCCUCCCCAUCGCACUUGCUUUCCGUAGAAGAGCACUCUCUGCGGUCUUUCACGUCCUUCUCAAGCUUGGGCGCGAGCAGUGUCAUACACACACACGCACAAACGGAAAAAUAGCAACUGUCACUCUCGCUUUUAGAACCGCUCGUCAGGUUCGCGCUAAGAUCCACAACUCUCAUACAUAGAUCAUCACGGUAGGGUAGAUAGAGAAUUCAUCUGUUGAUACCACGAAAGUGUAGAUCUCCACUUUCUGGACGAUGAGCGAGCGCACGGGUGCGCCGGAGCCGUGGGAGCGCAUCUCCACCUACUACUUCUCCACACUCAAGGCCGUCAACGUUCUCGUUGCGCCUACAGCCGAUGCCGCCGCCGCCUCUCUCAGCCUCACCUACCUGCUGAAGGUGUUUCUCUUCCCCUUCAAGCUGCACCCCACCGGCUCCUACGACGACGUCCGGCGGUUCAUCGGGCAGACCAACUUUGCCCAGGAAAGCGAACGCGAAGACGAGGACAGCCCCUUGGUGGAUGACCUCUUCAUCCUCGUUGGCCUCGGUGCACCAGUAGCGCUCGGGGAGUACUUCGACUUCUCCCGCCAUGUUGUCAUCGUCGUCGACGCCUACCGGCCUUUUCACCUGGACAAUCUCCGCCGCGAGGAUGGCGAGCGGCUUAUCGUGUGGGGCAGCGAGCGCAUCCAGGAAGAGGUCGACACCUUCUUCCGCACGCAGCGCGCAGCGGAGGCGCAGCGGCGACGUCGUCACCGUCGCCGGCACGCCAUGAAGGCCGCACGAGAGAGCCGUCGGCAACACCCGCGUUCUCCUCCUCGUCCUCAUCGUCGACCGCGCAGAGAAGCUGCCCGCGUUGCUGAUGACGUCGAUGGAGGGGAGGAGGAGGAAGACAGCAACGACGGCGUCGACUCUGACGUGGGCCACGACAGGAACGAGGAGUACGACGAGGAGUCGGAACUGUCAGACAGCAGCAGCAAUUCCAGCAGCAGUGACGACGAGGAUGCAGAGGCCGAACUCUUCGACGGCGACGGCGACGACGCAACACCGUCGCAGAGCCAAGACCGCAUUGAUUGGCGCGCCGAGGACGGCGAGGUACCGCCACAUCUGCAGACGCUCUACUAUGCCUGCGCCUGCGCAGGUCGCAGCAGUGCGGUAGAGAUGUACGAUCUCUCCGUCAUUCUGCAUCGCUUCAACGACUCCAUUCUCUGGCACGCCGCCGUCGGGGUGUGCGACUUGUACCUCCGUCGGUUGAUUGACUACGGCAGCUACCUCGUGGAGAUGGCCCCGCUGCAGGAGGCGGUGUCGUUGCAGCAGAGCGUCCGCCGUGGUGUGCUGCGUGAUCGCACCGACGAGGCCGUGAACCAAGUCCGCCAGGCCACCACCAACAGCAUGCAGCUCAACAACCGCGAAGAGGAGCAGCUGUACCUGCUGCGGCACUCCUCCCUGUGGGACGCCAUCUGGUACGAUGCGCAGGUGGCGAGUGCGCUGGAUCUGCACCACGUCGAGGACGGCCGUCCGCGGCUUAGUCAGCUGCUCGCGAGCCGCUGCGGGGUCUCGAUGGCCAUGGCCCGGCGGCCGUGGCGCGAGGUGCCGGCCGACGUGGGCAGCGAGGCACUGCGACGUGUGCAGACGGAGCUGCAAAACUGGGUCAACGCGCGGGGCAACGCCACGUCGUACCGCAACAAAAUCCGCUGCAUCUCGCGUAAGGUCGGCUACAGCACGGAGGUGUCGGCAUUUGACGUGUGUAAGCUGUUCACGGCGGUGCUGGCGGCGGUCCCGCCCGCCUCCGUCUACGUGGUGGAGAAACCGCGCGAUAGCAGCACCGGCAGUUUCUCUGCGGAGGACGUUGCGGCGGUUGCCCAGCGCCAAUUGGUGGAGUUCGGGCGUGGACAGUUCUGGCGCGCUCACGCGCUACUAGACAUGGACCCCAAUGAAAAGCCUUUCCACGAAGCCCUGGCGGAGGCGUUGUCCCUGCAGCAAGCCGUGGCGGAUGCCACCAGCUCGAUGAUGCAGCCCGGCAAUGUGCAGAGCAGCACCGGUCUGCACUACGCCCUUCCCACCGACCCGUCCAAGACCUCACCUACCUUGGAGGGCUUCUGCACACCGCGACGCCUCUCCGUGCUGGCGGAGAGACUCUUCUAUACGCUGACGAUGAGCCGCCGGCGUGACCGGCAGGCGCUGACGACGCUGCGCCCCUUGGUGCUGUCCUGCGCCCUGCCCCAAGCGAAGCUCGCUCCCCCCCUCCAACGCGAAUGGCGCCGCUGGGUCGGCGGGCGGCGACAUUGCCAGCGUGAACGGGGGAGGCGCGGGCUCCCUCGGUUCUGCGGCGGCCACCCCUUCAACCACGACCAGCGCGACCGUGAUGGAUGCCGCGACGCCGGUCGAGGACAAGGCCGAGUACGCCGUCGUGCUGACCUUCGCCGGCGGCACCAGCGCCGGGAUGGAGCCGCUGCCGCCGAUGUUCCGCUUUCAGCAGUGCAUGCGCGACGAGCACUUCAGCACCGCGCCGCGUCAGGUCUACGUGGAGCGCAACGUGGCGCAGGUGCACGGCCGCGAGAACACCACCUACCUGGUAGAGCGCAUGCUGCUGCUGUCGGUGAAGGCGACCAUUUCGAAUCACGAGUUCCGCAAGAAAGCGGAGGCGACGGCGGAGGCGGAGGAGGAGGCAGACGGCGAGGGAGACGCGAGCGGCGAAGAUGGCGGUGCUGCGGACGGUUUUGUAGAGGCGCGCGACUGAGCGGGCACGUAGCGUGCGAGCGCUACUCUAUCUGUCUCUCUCCAUCUUAA